CUUGUCAGAUUCUGCUUUUAGUCUUUUUACAGGAGAAACGAUAAAUGUGAUAGCUUCACCGUCCACAUUUCUUGCUUCAUCGUAGUAUUCCAGAGGAGAGAGAAAUUUCAGACAAGUAUUUUCUUGGUCGAGAUUCCAGCCAUGGGGAGGUUGUUUGUCGUCAAUCUCGAGGGGAAGAUCUAUAGCUGCAAACACUGCCGGACCCAUCUCGCUCUUGUUGAAGACAUCGUAUCCAAGUCUUUCCACUGCAGACAUGGGAAAGCUUAUCUCUUCAAUAAGGUAGUGAACGUUUCUGUUGGAGAAAAAGAGGAGAGAAUGAUGAUGACUGGGUUGCACACUGUGGCUGACAUUUUCUGUGUGGGUUGUGGAUCAAUUGUGGGGUGGAAAUAUGAGACUGCCUAUGAAAAAAGCCAGAAGUACAAGGAAGGAAAGUCUGUUCUUGAACGGUACAAGGUGUCAGGUCCUGAUGGAAGCAAUUAUUGGGUCAGUCAUGAAGCACAUGUUGGUGGAAGUGAUGCAGAUGAUGCUUAAUCAUCUCCAGUCUCCUAUUGUCAAUUGUACAUUCUCUAACCCGUGCUGUAAUCCUUCAAUGAAUGUGGAUUUGUAUGGGCAAUUGUCCAUGUUGCCCAUUAACUGUUGAUGACUUUUGAACCUGAUUGUUGAUCCUGAUAUGAAAUUGAUGUUCAAAGUUGUGAUAAA